AUGGUGGCAAUGAAGGACGUGCUACCAAAGGCAGGUCCCAUGUUUGUUGCCUCUAUCCGCCUCAUCCCAGCCGGUCUGCUCCUCAUCACCUCCCCUCUCCCCCCACCCCUCUCCCCCCGUCAGGAUGUGCUACCAAAGGCAGGUCCCAUGUUCGUCGCCUCUGUCCGCCUCAUCCCGGCCGGUCUGCUCCUUGUCGCCUUCGCUGCCAGCCGAGGCCGUCCCAUGCCCAAGUCCGCCCUUGCUUGGUUCUCCAUCCUCCUCUUCGCCCUCGUGGAUGCCACGGCCUUCCAGGUGCCUUUGAUGCUAGCCGCAGGGGGCCUGCGGCGAACAUCACCAGGGCUUGGAUCAGCAAGCAAUGUUCCUUUCUCCUCUCUCAACCCUCCCUUCUCCCCCCACUUCCUCAAUGUCAUCAUUGACUCUCAGCCACUCACAGUGGCUGUUCUUGCAGCCCUUCUAUUCGGCGAGACCAUCUCCAAGAAAGGGGCAUUGGGGCUUGUGUUGGGGGUUGUAGGCUUGCUGCUGCUUGAGGUCCCUCUGGAUGCUCUUUUCUCCUUCGCUUCCUCUCUCUCUGCGUCUUCAACCCAAUCAGUGCUUGCCACUGUCAUUUUCUCCCUUCCCUCAUCCCUCUCAUUCCACUCACUCCUCACUCCCUUCACUCCUCUCUCCCUCUAUCCUCUCUCUCUCUCUUCUCGCUCCUCCCACUCUUCUCACUUAUCUCACUCCGUCCACUCCUCUCCUCUCAUCCCUCCUGUCACACACACCUCUUCCAUGCCUUUCCCCUCGGACCAGCCAUCGGCACAGCCAUGA